AAAGUGGGCUUAUCUAUGUGCUAAUUUGCAUGAAAUGUUUACAUUGAACCCCCGUCUUAACCAGUUAUUAUAUUAUUCAGUAGCGAUUUGGAAAGUCCGUUUGUGAAGUUAGCAGCCUAUGGUUUAUUGGUGUAAAAGUUUUCAAUUCCAAAUACAUUACUGGACAUUAUUCUAUAGCAUCAAGAUUGUCCACCAUGUCAGAAAAAAGUGAGAAGGACGAGCUGAAAAAUGAUAUUUCGCUGUUCGGAGGGUCCGGUGUGUCCCUGACCCCCAUUUCGCCGGAGAAGGGGCCCAUGCCCACGGCCCCGCCACCUCCAAUGACCCGGCUACGCAUCCUUAAGAAUUUGACGGUCGUCAGCUUUGGCUUCCUGCUGCUCUUCACCGCUUUCCAGUCUCUUUCCAACCUCCAGAGCAGCUUAAACAAGAGCGAGGGUCUUGGGGUGAUUGGUCUAUCGGUAAUCUAUGGCGCCCUGGUAAUCAGCUGCAUGUUCCUGCCGCCCUUCAUCAUCGCCCGCUUAGGAUGCAAGUGGACCAUUCCGCUCUCCAUGGGAUGCUACGUCCUCUACAUGUGCGCCAACCUUUACGCGGUCUGGGGCACCAUCAUCCCCUCCGCCAUCAUCCUAGGCCUAGGAGCCGCACCCCUCUGGUCCGCCAAGUGCACGUACCUUACACAGACAGGUGUCUGGUACGCCAAACUGGUGGGCAAGUCAGAGGACGACAUCAUCAACAGAUUCUUCGGAUUCUUCUUCAUGCUCUUCCAAACAGGUCAGAUAUGGGGCAACCUGAUUUCUUCGCUUAUAUUCCAAACUGAAAGUAACAGCACAAUCACUGACGAGGACCUGAAAACUUGCGGGGCAAACUUCUGCCCGAGCUCGGCUGCCAAUAACAGCAACCUCGAAAAACCUGCAAUGGAAAAGGUGUAUACGGUGUGCGGUAUUUACAUCGGCUGCGCGGUGGCGGCGGUAGUUGUGGUGAGUCUGUUGCUGGAUCCCAUCAGGCUGGACAAGGAGGAGCCCGGGGACCGGAAGUUUUCCACCCAUCUCAUCUGGGAGACGUUCAGGCACCUGUGGAAGAAUAACUACCAGAAGCUGCUUGUUGUCCUAACCAUGUAUAGCGGCAUCGAGCAGGCGUUCAUGACCGGGGAUUACACUAAGUCAUUCGUGGGCUGCGCCCUCGGUAUUGAGAACAUCGGGUUCGUGAUGAUAUGCUACGGCGUGGUCGACGCCAUCUGCUCCUUCGCCUUUGGGAGGCUGGUCCAGUAUGUCGGACACAUACCAUUCUUUGUAUUAGCGUUCCUGCUGCACGGUGGCUUGCAGAUCACCUUCUUACUGUGGACGCCCAACCCGGAUAUGAGAUAUCUCUUCUACGUGUUUGCUGCGCUCUGGGGUGCCGGGGACGCCAUUAUACAGACACAGAUCAACGCGUUGUACGGCUUCCUGUGGACGAAGAACUCGGAGGCCGCCUUUGCGAACUACCGCCUGUGGGAGUCCAUGGGAUUCAUCAUCGCGUUCGCGCUACAGGACUUCCUGUGUACGUACGUGAAAAUCUACAUCUGUCUGGGCUUUCUGUGUCUGGGCAUGCUGCUCUACGGGGUCGUGGAGGUUUCCUACAGGCGGGACGCGAAUAACCAGGCAGCCGUCACCCGCAUGUAGGGGGUGGGGGGCAAUGUUGGGGAUUAACAGCCGCUAAGGGACAUGUGCUUUAAAAAUGUGGCGCAAUAUGUGUUUUGGAAUGACCGGCCGCGUUUUGUAUCAAGACAGGUGUAGUUAGCCUUUCAAGCAUAUUGCAAGGAUUAAAACAAACAAAGAAUAUCAAGAUAACAAAAAUUAGAACAUACACGACAUUACAGAGAAAUGUAAAUUAAAAGUCAACCACGGACCGGAACUCACCAACACAGGUGAUUUUAUGCAAAAAAUAAAUAAAUUUGGCGACAACUGUGUACAAAGUUUCUGCAUUGACAUAAUCAGUGUUGGCUUGGUAUUUACAUAGAUAAUAUAAACACACUAGAUGCUCCUAUGUAUAUGUAUUCAUCUCACACAUUGCCAAAUGCUGUCUGCAUUGAUGAUUUUAGAGGUAUUUAUAGCAUGUAAAAUCUGUCGUUAUUAGAACAACAAUAGUAAAGCGAACUCUCAUGUAACAUCCUUCGACAUUAUCCCUCUUUAUGAUUUUUUUUAAUGAAAUAUGUCAAGAAACCAAACAAAGCACAAAGGUCCAUAUAAUACACAGUUUAUAUUAUAUUUGACAUGUGUACACCCAGUCCGAAUACAUAAAACAGCAGAAUUCUAGAUACAUUUCCAAUGUUCUUAUCUAAUAUGGAUGUCGACCGUUAGCAAGUAUUUCAAAUGUAUAUAGUUUAUUUUGCCUAUGUAUGUUUCUUGUUUGGUAUUUUAUGUAUGACAUAUACUUUUGUACGGCUUUGCACUUAUUUUAUACCUGCUUCUACUGUUCCUGUUUGCUUUGGAAAAGUUACGAUGUACAUACAAUGGCGUGGAGAAAUA